AUGUAUCGUGUUGCACACGCUAAUGACCGUUCAGGUACACACCUCGGUAAACGAGACGAUUUAUAUGUGGCAAUAAUUGAAGCGACAGAUGUUGCGGGUCUAAUGGUGUACCAGGGCGCCUUGCGGCGAACCCUUCCAUGUUCACAAUCUCUCUUUCAAGGCUUCGGUGGGCAUUGUGUUUAA